CAGAAAUUUGUCCACGAAGUCAAGCUAAUUCCUACGUUGUCCGCGAAAUCCAACUUCCUGGCUCAGACCCGUUUAAAGUGGUUUGUAUGUCAGAUUCGGAGCUUGGAUCUAGAUGGUUGAAUGUUUAUAGAAAAUAUGAUGAUUCAAAAACAUUUAAUCGCACGUAUGAGGAUUAUCAACGUGGAUUCGGUGAUGCAGAAACUGGAGAGUUUUUUAUUGGACUGAAUCGCUUGCACAAUCUGGCCAGUGGAAAGCCUCAUGAAGUGGUUUUAUACGCCGGUUGGGGGAUAAGAAGAUGCGACCACUUUGUUGUGGGCGAUAGAAGCGAAGGGUACAAGCUAAAUACUAUUGGCAAUUGUACUGGAGACGACUGGAUGAGCCCUAAGCAGGGCUCUCAAUUUUCGACCUUCGAUCAAGAUGAGGAUGGAGAUCCUGAUCGUAAUUUGGCGGAGGAAGUGGGCUAUGGCUGGUGGUUCGAUCCUGGUAUGAGCCACGACAAGAAUGAUAUAGAAAUUUUCAUCCGAAGAACCGAUUGAAGAAAACAAAAAGCCUUUUAAAACGGACUUGGAAAAUAAACCAUUUUUGG